AAGUUUUGCCUGAAGCGUUCAAGUGACGCGUAAUCAUACUCGCUAACGAGCUUAGUUUCAGUUUGAUGCCAGAGUCUCAGGAUGCAGGAUAUUCACGGUCUGGUUUCAAAGCUAACUAGUAAAACCAAUGACGGCAACAGAGCUGCAUGCAGAAAAUGUGGAUAUGCUGGUCAUCUAACAUUCCAAUGCCGGAACUUCAUAAAAUCGGACCCAGAGAAGGAUGUUGUGUUGGAUGUCAGUAGCACCAGUUCAGACUCUAGCGAGGAGUUUGUAUCCCCACUUACCAAGCUUAAUCAGAGUAAAAUGUCCAAACAAAAAGAAAAAAAGUUUUUCAAAACUGAGAAGAAAAGAAAGAAGAAAAGCAACAAAAGAUCAAGGUCAAGAUCCCCAAGACGUAAAUCUAAACACAAACACAGAGAUUAUUCAGAUGAGAGUUCAGACUCUGGGUCAGAAGACAGAAUUAAACAUAGACAUCGACACAAAUCAGAGUCCGAUUCAUCACUGGACAGAGAGAGGAAGAGACGGAAGAAAAAAAAGAGGAAAGAAAAACAUUAUUCAGAUAAUGAUGAUGAAAGCUCCUCAGAAGAUUCAGAAGAUGAAGUAAAAAUGAAGAAAAAACACAAAAAGAAUAAAAAACAUAGGAAAUCAAAACAUAAAAAGCACAAACAUAAAGAUGAUAGCAGUGAGUCAAGUUCAUAGUCAUUGGAUUUCUUCACACAAACUGAAAAGAAAAGUGAACAUUCAGUUGUAACUCUCAUCAAGUUUAAAGUGUUCAAAGUCCAUGACAGUGAGAGAGAGGUGUUCAUUAUAACAGAUAAUAACAGUGUGUGUGAUGGUGGAGGUGGCCAUCAUACAGAUUUCGACGGAAAAAUUUUGAAUGUAUGUGUCCAUUGUACAUUGCUCACCUUAUCCACAACAGUAAAUUUGGCCGGUUCCCAUUGCACAUGCCCAGUGAAUCCACCACAGUAAAAUAGGCCGGUUCCCAUUGUGCAUGCAUUACAAAAGAAAUAAGGAUGAAAUGUUAUUUACAAAGGAUAGAUGUAGAUUUUUGUCAAAGUGUGUUUGUUGACUUUGUUCACCAAAUGGCUAUCUGUGUUUAUUAGUUUUCAUAGAAAACAAUAAAAUGAGCAAAUAAAUUGAUAA